CCGGUCAGUGCGCUGAGCCUUGAGAUGCAUCCGCCUCACCUAAAGCAAGUACAGAAGACCCCAGCUCUGGGUGGAGGCGGGUAGCCUCCAUACUCGCUCCCGCGCUGGAGGAGAUCCGGUGCUCCUCUGCGGGUAGGGGCAGUCCUAGACUGUCUCACUUGUCAAGAGCUGCAGCCUCUGCCACCGUGCCAGUUCUUCCAGAAGAAGCUUAGCUUGCUAAGUGGUUCUUGAAGGUGUUUACUGGAUUGUGCAGUUAUCGCACAUUCGUGGAACAGUUAACAAGGUAGGCUUCCAUUUUACAAACAGGUUCAAUUUCGGUGAUGUGUCCAGACUCCGGUAUUUAGAGGUCAGUUCUGUCCACAGAUCCCCCCCUGCUGUUUUAUCGUCACAGCUGAUGUGCCUCCUUUGAUUCUUCCCACAAAUUGCGAGAGCUUCCAGCAGUAGGGACCAAGGUUUGCCCUUCUCUCCUGUCAAAUAAUUAUCAGAUGCAAGUAUGAAUGAACAUAUUUACACCGUGUGAAAAAAGUGAGGAUUCCAAGCUUCCGGAGGAGGAAACAUGGAUUCUGUGAUCUUGGUGGUCAACUUGGUUGGAUCUGGAGUCAAGGAGAAGGGAAACUGCUGGACACUCCUGUGAAGGAUUUUCUUGAUCAGCUUAUUUGAAGUGAGAAAACCCACUGCGCAGUGCGCUCAGGUGGCAACCGUAGGAAGAUGGCUUUUGGCCUGUUUGCCUUGGCUUGCUGUUCCUGCCACUAAGGAGUUCCUUUGAUGACAUUAGAAUCAUCGUGUUCCAGCUGCCAACUCAGCCUGAAGACCAACAGCACUCUAGGAACCCGGCACCAGCUUGGAGCUGGAGAGAUGCGUCCUUGGGAGCAGCUGCCACUGUUGAUCAGCCCAGACCAUAUUGAGUAGCCUUCAUGGCUGCUGCACAUCAUUCGCAGGAGACUUCCUAUCUGCUGCCUCCAGAUCCGGAGGACUGGGAGAAACAAGGCAUCCUGGAUUUUGCCUAUGGCCAGGAGGAUCUCCUCAGCAAGGAAAUUCAGUGGCCAAGGGAUUCACCCGGUGCUGUGGACACACUACCACCAUCCCGCUUCGACUCGGCCCUCCGCUCUGCAUGGAGGCAGCGGCUGGAACUGGGCCUGUUUCGAUACCGCCUGGAAGAUCUGCAGACCCAAAUCCUUCCCGGUUCCGUGGGGUUUGUAGCUCAGCUGAAUAUAGAGCGAGGGAUACAGAGGAGGCGCCCCCAGAAUAUCAGAAGCGUGAGGCAGGAGUUUGACCCGGAACAGUUUAACUUCAAUAAAAUCCGACCUGGAGAAGUCCUUUUCCGGAUGCAAAGGGAGCCUAAUGGCCCAGCCGCUCCAAAGCACGAGGACGACAUCCUUGUAGUGAUCAAUGUCAGCCCCCUGGAGUGGGGCCAUGUGCUGCUGGUGCCUGCACCUGCUCGUGGGCUUCCCCAACGGCUGCUGCCUGGAGUGCUACGGGUGGGACUAGAAGCUGUCCUACUGAGCUCGCACCCAGGCUUCCGGGUCGGCUUCAACAGCCUGGGAGGUCUGGCCUCGGUGAACCAUCUUCACCUGCACGGCUACUACCUGGCCCACCCACUGCCUGUGGAGGGAGCUCCAAGCACACCCCUAGACCCCAAAGGCUGUAUACAUCUGCUGCAGGCCCUGCCGGCUCCUGGCUUUCUCUUUUACACCAGUGGGCCAGGGCCGGAUUUGGAAGCGUUAAUUAGCAGAGUAUGCCGGGCUACUGACUACCUGAGUGACCAUGAGAUCGCACAUAACUUAUUUGUGACCCGGGGAGCUCCCCCGGGGCAGACAUCAUCUACCUCAGACCUCAGUGGGAUCCGAGUCAUUCUGUGGGCCCGGAAGUCCAGCUUUGGAGUAAAGGAAAGUGGGGCGUUUAAUGUUGCCCUCUGUGAGCUAGCCGGCCACCUCCCUGUCAAAACAUCGCAGGACUUCAGCAGCUUGACAGAGGCAGCUGCAGUGGCCCUCAUUCAGGACUGUCUGCUGCCCCAAACUCAGGCAGAUGAGGUACAGGCAGCGCUGGUGGCCCUGAUGGCCCAGGAAGAGCUGUGAUCUUUCAGGAGUAUUUAUUUUGCUGGCUGAUUCGAGGCCCUUUCCCCAAGGCUGUGGUUCAGUCCGUUUGUGCAUUUCAUGUCAUGACUGCCUUCCCACCUCCCCACAUACGGACUGCAGAGAAAACACUGAGAGAAGGUGUUCUCAUGAGUGUUUCUGCUACCUCUUAUCUGAGAAGCCCCAGGGUAACAGGUUCUGCCAUGAAGGGCCAGAUCCGACCAUUUCAGAGGGAGGAGUGCUUGCUGCCAAGUCUGUUGAUGGGAGUUCAGCCUCCACCCAUAGGGUAAAGGCUGCCUUCUGACAUUCACAUGUGCACCAUGGUACAGUCUCACACAUA